GCCUGAACAGAGUGUUUGGCGUCAGAAUGUGGCUAAUCUUCUUGCUUGGCCUAUGCAUAUUUUAUGACGGCUCGAGCGAUUCUUACGUGCCUGCCUACCUAGGUACCUAAGGUAGGUAGGCAUAUAUAGCCUUCACCCUACAGCUGUUAGACGCCUUUUACAACUUCAACAUUUUUUUCUUUCUUUGGAAAUCUUUGAACUCCCAGAAUGCAGUUAGAAUCAUUAGAUACCGACCCGUUCGAGCGCGUUGAUAAAGCACCUCUUGGGAAGGCUAAUUCGGAAGUUUGGAAGGUUAAACAUAAAGGCAAUGGAGAAGUCUACGCUCGAAAGGAGUUCUCGUUACGUGUGCCGAACCGCGACCAACGCGUCAAGGAUGUCAAGAAGGAAAUAUCGAUAAUGGACAAACUUAAACAUCGCCAUAUUGUUCAGAUCCAUGGAAGCCAUUACAUUGGGAGCGACGGGAUGAUUGGCAUUUUGUUACGCCCCAUUGCGGACAUGAGCCUCACGGGGUGGUUUGAUUAUAUGGGUGAACUCCAGCGAGAUGGCAAUGAUACAGACCGACUUGAAGCGCGCAACGUCAUGUGUCAGUGGCCGUCGUGCCUUUUCCACGCGUUAGAUUAUCUACACAACCUAGGCAUUCGUCACAAGGAUAUAAAGCCCAGCAACAUCCUUAUCAAGGAUGACCAUGUCUACCUUGCCGACUUUGGCAUUUCUAGGAAUUUCAGGGAUGCGACCACUUCCAAAACGAAAGGCCCGCUUGGUGGAAUGACCGAACGUUAUAUAUCCCCUGAAGCUAACGAUGAGCUACCACGUGGCAGAGCCGCGGAUGUAUGGGCACUGGGCUGUACUGUACUCGAGAUCUGUACCGUCGCGUCGGGACAGAGCACUAUACAAGACCUAAAUCAGCAUCUACUAAGAAACGAAAAGGGUCUACCACCACCAUUUUGCCAAUCUCCCUAUCUUGUGUUUGAUUGGAUAUGGUUACUUCUGGUCUCUCUGGUUGGCGAGCCCCCUCUUAAGCAACACAUUCAGAAGAUGCUUCAGCUGGCAUUCUUGAUGCUUGACCCGAACCCCGGCGAGCGGAUAACGGCGCGCCAGCUCCUUGACUUAUUAAACCAAUUGGGCCAAGGAAGUUUCCACUCCAUUGCCGAGCUGUAUUGCGAUGGUUGUAAAAGGAAAUCUUGCGUACCAAUGCAUAAUACGCAGCCGCACUCCGUAUUCAAGAAAUCAGAAGACGAAGAUGUAUAUAUACCAUCAAGAUUGGAUCUUUCGGCUGAAACGCCGAACCUUUGGGAGGAGAUCAAGCAGCGGUGGCUGGUAAGAGAUGAUGAUUGAGUCGUAAUUGCGUGGGCUUUGUUGCUAUAUUUCUACCAUAUCAUCUAGGUUACUUGGUGCCGUCUUUACUCCGACCUCGACCUACUCAUCCCCUUUCCUAUGGACUAUCUACUAAUACUCUACAGU